GAAACUGCAUUUCCCACAAUGCAGUGCGACACGUGAGCGCGCCGGAGACAGGGAAAAAUGCUUUUUGAAUAAUUUAGUUGUUAUCACGCUCUUCUCCAACUUUCACAAACAUCUCAUUGCACAUCACAGAGCUAACCUUAACUGUUAACUAGUUAACAGCAGUUUAUCUCGCGUCACGUGACAGACUUCUUCUCAAAACAACGCAGCUAGCUUACUCCCUCACUGCAGACAGCUAGCCCGACGCACAGUCUAUGGAGGAAACAUGGAAAACAGGCACAAUAUUUGACUAGAGAUGGAAAAAAUGCAGGCGGCUGCGGUGGAGGCAGCGGAAGAGCUGCCCUCCAUGAUGUGGGGGCUGGACCCGAUGUUUUCUGCCUUCUCCAGGCUGUAUGUCAGUGACAUCCUGCACAUGACUGAGUCCAUCCAGGUUCCAGGUAUUUACUUCUAUAACUCGCAUCCAGUCUACAAAGUGGAUGUACUUGGGACAGUAGUUUACAGGAGAGAAAGAGACGACUUCUUCUGUUAUGGAGUGGAUGAUGGGACUGGUGUUAUAAACUGCAUGUGUUGGAAGAGCGACCUGUUAAAAGAAGAGCAGGAUCCUGGUAAAUCUGGGGGAAGGCAAAGUGAUGCAGUUCAGGAAGGCUUCAAUCCAGUCGCUGAGCUGAAGAAGCUGAGACAGGCCCAACAGAACCGCUGCUGCCUGGAGAUUGGAGAGCUGCUCCGAGUCAGAGGACCGGUCAAGACCUCAAGACAGCAGAGAGAAAUCAUGGCCUCCACCUUCUAUAAAGUGAAUGACCCAGUAAUGACAGCCCAGAUAACGUGGAUGAUGGAGGUUCCUCAGCUAUACAGACAGUUCUAUGACAAACCACUCCAGCUGCAACAUAAUGCUACGGGGGCCUCGACCAUCAGUCCACUCAACAAGGCAAAAAAUAUCAUUCUGGAUUUCUUUAAGCAGCAGCCGGUGAGCAGGUUCAGGCCCUAUGAUGUUCAGGACCUCCUGCAGCCCCUCAUCUCCUGCCAGCCUCAAACAACAUCUGCUGACCAGGAGCCUGUGGCAGGUCCGUCUGGCUACCAGCAGAUACGGCAGCUUCUGAAAGAAACCCUGGAAAUUUUGCAGAAAGAGGGCAUCAUAUACCGCAAGGUCAAGUCUCAGGAUGAACUCUAUCAUGUGACUGCACAGGAUAAAGAUCUACUUAUAGCUGUAAAAGACAUCAUCAGGGAAGACUCGAGGAGAGAGAAGUAUGCAGAGAAGGGCUGCCACAUCCUGCACAUCCUGUCAGCAGUCAGGCAGAGGUACAGCCUCAACAUGAACAAAGUGGCACUGGAGCUGGUCCUCAAAUCACUGGAGUCCAACAGUGACAUUGUCAGCACCAGUGAAAACCAUUACACUGCGUUUUAACACAAGAACAGUCCCUAUUAUGGACACAAUAUUUGUAACAUGGCUUAUUGCUCCACAAUGUGAGCGACCAAUAUGAGUAAACCAUAUGAUUUGUAUUUUUGUGUUCAUUAUUUGCCUUAGUAGGGCUCAACAUUUGGUCUAUUUCAUAUUACUGCUUUUAUUUGAUGUAAGUGUGCCAAGUUUUCAUGCAAAAUUAGGUAUACAUCAUUUGAUAGACAUGGAGAGUCUAUGAAAAUGAACUUCUGGGAAGUUAUAUACAUAUGUUAAUAAAUGUUAAUGGCCAAAAAAAACGCACUCUGGUUGUAUGCCUCUGCAAACCAGUGCAGUUCAAGUCUCCAUUUUUUCCGGAUUCUUAUAAGGUCACGUGACCUUUGACCACAAGAUAUACAGGGAUAUAGCUAAUUUGUUAUACGCAUAGGUGUAUAUACUUUAUAGGCUUCAUAUGUUUACAUUGAGACACACAGACAAACAUAAUUUAAUAUCACCCUGACAAAAUAGCAUAAUGUUUGACUGUUAAGAUUUUCAAUACUUAAUGUCCGAGAUUUGCUGUGUAGUAUUACGGUAAAUAAAAUGUUGUAUGUGUAACCUAAAGCACAUAACCGCUUGAUGUGUACUUUCAAGGGCAAAGCAGGGUUGACCUGAAAUACCAUUUUCUAUUAGAUUCUAUAGAAAAUAAAAAUCCUGUAUCUCAUAAUUAUGACUUACUAUCAUAAUUAUGAGAUAUACAAUUUCUUCAUCACAGUGGAUGAAAUGGGCUUCCAUAGAACACCCACUGUCCUUAGACAAAGAGAAAGUCCCCAAAUAAACCAAUUCAAAAACCUAUAAUAUUUCCCUGUUAUGUGAAAUGUGUGUCGUUUUGAAAGAUUGUUUCAGUUUUGCUUUGUAUUCAGUAACCAUGAGAGAAAAAAUUGGAAUAAAUGAUUGUGUUUGGAUUCCCUGUUCAA